AUGUCCCCAGUGCCCCAAGAACCCAAGUCCGCCUCUUCGACAACGGCCAGGCCUGACAAUGAGUCGUCAGUGGAUAAUGUUGCCCAGGCUGCCACCGCCCUGGAGGCGAACCUGACAAGCCUCGAGAAUAGACUGGACGCGCUGCUAGCUGCCUUUGAAGCGGCAGAGGAGUCGCAGAAGGAAACCGAUAGCGUUGCCACCGUCCAGGAUCACAAGCCAAAGAGGGACAAUACCGCCGCCGCCCAUCAUGGAACCUCAAGCGAAAACAAGGUGCAAGAUGGUACUGGGUCCAACACGGCUGGUGUGACGAAGAGACCCUAG